AUGUCAUUACCUUUAUCUGUUGAAAUCACAUUACCUGACGGUACAAAAAUCGAUCAACCAACUGGUUUAUUUAUUAAUAAUGAAUUUGUUAAAUCAAAAAAUGGGAAAACCAUAGAAUCAAUUAAUCCAUCUACAGGAGAAACUAAUGCAUCAGUUUAUGCUGCUGAAGAAGAAGAUGUAACAAUUGCUGUUGAUGCAGCCAAAACAGCUUUUAAAAAAUGGAAAAAAUUAACAGGUGUUGAAAGAGGUAUAUUAUUAAAUAAAAUUGCUGAUACAUUAGAAUCAAAACGUGAUUAUUUUGGAUCAAUUGAAGCUUGGGAUUCUGGAAAAACAAAAGAACAAAAUGCAGUAUAUGAUAUUGAUGAAUGUGUUAAUUGUUUUAGAUAUUAUGCUGGAUGGGCUGAUAAAAUUACUGGUAAAGUUAUUCAAAAUGAUCCUAAAAAAUUAGCUUAUACUAUUCAUGAACCAUUAGGUGUAAUUGGACAAAUUGUUCCAUGGAAUUAUCCAUUAGCUAUGGCUGCUUGGAAAUUAGCUCCAGCUUUAGCUGCUGGUAAUGUUAUUGUUUUAAAAACUUCAGAAAUAACUCCAUUAUCUUUAUUACAUGUAGCUAAAGUAUUUAAAGAAGUUGGUUUCCCAUCUGGGGUAGUUAACAUUAUUUCAGGUUAUGGAAAAACUGCUGGUGUUGCCUUAUGUGAAAACCCAGAUGUAGCUAAAAUAGCUUUCACCGGAUCUACAGUAACUGGAAAAUUAAUUGCAAAAGCUGCUGCUGAUACUAUGAAAGCAGUAACUUUAGAAUGUGGUGGUAAAUCUCCAUUAAUUAUAAGAGAAGAUGCUGAUUUAGAUCAAGCUGUUAAAUGGGCAGCAAUUGGUAUAAUGUCAAAUCAAGGACAAAUUUGUACUGCUACAUCAAGAAUUUAUGUUCAAGAUUCAAUUUAUGAAGAAUUUUUAAAUUUAUUAUCAAAACAUGUACAAGAAGAUUAUAAACAAGGAACUGUAUUUCAAGAAGAUGCAGUUGUUGGACCACAAGUUUCAGAACAACAAUUUGAAAAAGUUUUAAAUUAUAUUGAUGUUGGUAAAAAAGAAGGAGCAAGAGUUGUAUUAGGUGGUGAAAAAAAUACAGAAGGAGAAUUAUCAAAAGGUUAUUUUAUAAAACCAACUAUUUUUGCAGAUGUAAAACCAAAUAUGAGAAUUGUAAAAGAAGAAAUUUUUGGUCCUGUUGUUUCAGUUGGUAAAUUUUCAAAUGAUGAAGAAGCCUUGGAAUUAGCUAAUGGAACUGAAUAUGGUUUAGGUGCUGCUAUUUUCACGAAGGAUUUAACUGUUGCUCAUACAAUGGCUGCUGAUAUUGAAUCAGGAAUGGUUUGGAUAAAUUCUUCAAAUGAUUCAGAUGUUCAUAUACCAUUUGGAGGUGUUAAAAUGUCAGGAGUUGGAAGAGAAUUAGGUGAAUAUGGAUUAACUAUGUAUACUCAACCAAAAGCUAUUCAUGUUAAUUUAGGUUCUGUUUUAUAG